AUGGAUGACUCUCUCCAGCCUUCAGGGAAGGCCAUAUUACUUGAACAAUAUCACCAGCACCGUGGAAAGCAUGUCGAGCGUGUAUCCCCAAAGGAUGCCUUCGAUGUACAACUCAGCGAUGCACAGACACGGCAUCACAAGGCCAGCCUACUGUACGGUAGAGAAUCGACAGUCGUCAUGGGUAGCGGUGGUAAUGUUGCUACCAACCCUAAUUACAACGAUUGUCGUCUUGCCUGGAAAAGGAUUGAAGAACUCGAAGGUAUAAAAGCGACAAUGGAACAAGAAGAGUCCGAGUAUCAGCAUCGGCUCGAACAAGAGCAAGCGGAUGGGCUGCUUGAGCAUCUCGACAUACUUGGCAUUCCGCUAUGCAGCAAAGUAUUCACCCAAUGGCUUGCCGCUCAACGGGCGCCACCUACCCCUACGAAAGACCAAGUUGGAGACGAAGACCAAUCUACCUACAUGGACUUGGAGUUUAGCCCUAUCAGAGCCGACGCUCAGCAGCCACCUGCCGCAGCCCUUCCAGUUAUGAAGAACCCUCCUGUUACCGAACAAGGAUACCAUCCGGACAUGUCUACAAGUGACCCGCAACGGCCGACUGAGAUUACAACAACGGUACAGGAUGAAGCGCAGGAGACUCGUCCCAAUCCUGGGCCAUCCAGGAUCACGAGGAUGGCCCAUGGCGGUAUUCAGAAGUCCUUGGCAAAGACAUCUAUCGAGUUCGAACAGGUGUACCAAGGCGGCAACGCCCCUCGCAAAUAUGUCAUUAGUAAAUUCAACGACCGCUGGUAUAUCUUCGAGUGUAAAAAACACAAAAAACAAUUCCGAACCGCCAAUCCUAUUCAAGGUGCCUGGAAGCAUCUUAGAAGUCGGAAGCACUACUCAGACUCGUAUGGAGUCAACUACCACAUGGCAGUCGUUGAGUUGGGUACGGAAGUGUUGCAUUGCGACGACGACAAGGCCAAGUUGAACAACAAGAGAGCUAUCAUUUACAAGGCAAGAAAAACAAAUAAUCCCCAAAACAUGGAUGACAUACUUCCCACUCGAGCUAGCCAGUCAUCAUCGACUAUGACCACUCAUCGAAGCCAUGUUUCAGACAUUUGGCCUCAACUUGGCGAGGUCUACAAGACCUUUUGGAAGUCCGAGCAAAAGUUCUACGCCGUCCUGAUCCUCCCAUUAGACAUGAACUUGAACUUCAGCCACUUGGUUUCGGAUUGGGACACGUCUCUGAAGCAUACGCCGCUCCGACCUCGUCUUCCAUCAUGCUACGUCCAGUCGGAAGAUGGUCGAUUAGAGUUUACCGAGGAUCACAAACCCGGCGGUUCGAAAGAGACCAAGCGCAAGUACCCCGUAGUCUAUUUCCACAAGACUAGGUUCCCGAGCGAGUGUGAUCUUGACUGGAUUUAUGUCUCAAAUCUCGAGCCUUAUGAUCCUUCCGACGACAGCAUUGAGCACAGGCACAGACAGCUGGUCAACGAGUACUUGUCGAAUUACGGCAACGCCGAAAAUGCAGGAAUCGAAGGAGCGAACGAUGUCGCUGAACCCACUGCUGGUAGCCUGGGCCCCGAGACCUUCCACGUUUGCCUUCCGACCCCACAUCACUCUUCUCCAGCAGCAGAACAGUCAGAUUUCAGCAGGGAUAACAGUCCACUGAAUUAUGACGAUGACAUCGAGUUCGAAAGAAGCCUCACCGCACGGACUCGUGAAAACUCCUCUCGAGUGAAGGAGGAAGUGGUUCAGCCUAGCCCCAUGGAUAUGUCUGGUGUUCCGAUUCGCAACAAGGAAGUUGGGGCUUCAGAAGAGCCCGCCAUGCUGAGCCAAGAGGAACAGAACGACCAAGCUAGUGAUAUUAGACCAGAUCUUGAGCAGCAUGGCUCUUACAUGGACGUUGACUCCUACGCUGAAAGUGUGAACGAUGACAGCAUGACCACUCCGGAGGAGCGGCGUACUCACGAGUGCUACCGAGAUAUCCUAAAUGACAUGCCUCCCCAAUCAAGCACUACCCCUCUUCGCGAUCCCUUGCGGCCACAGGCCGAGGUCGCAAACAUGAGCGUGGAUACCCAAGGUGGGAUUAGCUCUACAGAAGUCCCAAUCUCCUACGAAGUUGUGGCUAACCCGGUAUUAUAG